UCUGACGAUCAUUGCCAAUCGGCAGUCGGAGCAGCAGGUAUAACCGUGUGCUCUGCUCUCUCACUCACAUCGAUGAUCAAGUCCCAGGUCGGGAGUCAUUCCUCUCAAACAAUAACAACAAACACGUUUAAAGUGACAGUGACCUAAUAUAAAUAUUGAAAACCAAAAGGAAAUGGCAUACAUCAAUGCUACUCCGGAAAUAAAUGGUGAAACUAAUUUGACGUGAAUCCAUCAAAUUCCGUGACUCUUAUUUUGUCUCUAGGCUGCACCUAUCAACUAUAGAAAAUGGCCGUGGAGCCAACAGUUGAGCGAAUUGACAGAGACAGAAAAGUGUUGUUGUUAUUCAUCAAUUAUUUGUGAUUAAAUACUUGACACAAAAUAAUUUCAUAGGAUUAAAGAAGUAAACAAUUCUCCUGGUGAUUCAGGGCUUGAAUAAGUUGAAGUGAAGGGUUAGGUGAACUGUUGUCAAGCAUUGGGGGCUAUCGGUCGUCGACCGAAGGCCAAGAAACCUCGAGAUGUGAAACAAUGUUCUUCAGUUAUCAGUGACAAGUGCUGAGUUAUUUUUCAUUAAUUUUAAAAACCUAUUAUUCAUGUGUUUUUACGCAUCAAAUAUCGUCAUGUUUUGUUUUCGUUGAGCUUUUGAGGCGCUCACAUAAGUUGAAUGAAGAUGAGAUUAUAUUAUUUGUGUGACUAACUGGAACGACAAAAAAAGAAAAAAAAAGCUACAACAAUGAUGAUAUUGCGUGCCUGUCCAUGACGCACUUGCUGAUCUUGACAACUUUUUGGAGAAAUUUAUCAAUUUGCUCGGCUCCAAGAAAACGAGGAAGAUGAGGAGAAAUCUCGUCCCGAGCAUGAUGAGCGUCUAUGCCCUCGUGGUGCUUCUCUUCACUCAUUCCUCGUCGAUUGUUGAUGGACUGAAAUGCCACUGCGACAUUUGUGCGGAUACGAAUCACACAUGCGAAACGGAUGGCUACUGUUUCGCCAGUACGACCCUCGAUCGCGGAGAGAUCACUCAUGCAUACAGGUGCGUGCACAAACAGCUGUCGUCGUCGCAGCCAGAACCACUCAUCUUCUGCAUGACGAGCAAUUUGAUAAACACAUCAUUUGUCAUCGAUUGCUGCCACAAAGAGGAUUUUUGUAAUCGUGAUCUAAGACCCCAGCUCCAUCCAAGAACCACAGAAGUAACAGCGGCUGGAGGUGUUACAACAUGGGUAACAUGGAGAAUGGCUCUAUCGAUAGCUCUGCCGAUCUGCGCUGUAUGUAUAAUUGUGAUGGCCGUGUAUCACGUACACAUGAGCCGUCGAAGACCUGCCAGGCAUUUUCCUGAUGACUCGAUGGAAGCACCAGACAGGCCGAUUUUAGGUGGAGUCACAAUCAGGGAUAUGCUGGAGAUGACAACGAGUGGUAGUGGUUCAGUAGGGCUACCACUCCUGGUGCAGCGAAGUAUAGCACGUCAGAUACAACUCGUUGAGACGAUCGGUAAGGGUCGUUUCGGCGAGGUCUGGCGUGGUCGCUGGCGUGGGGAAAAUGUUGCUGUUAAAAUAUUCAGCUCGAGGGAGGAAAGAUCGUGGUUCAGAGAGGCUGAAAUUUAUCAGACUGUUAUGCUGAGGCAUGACAAUAUCCUUGGAUUUAUUGCUGCCGACAAUAAAGAUAACGGCACGUGGACGCAGUUGUGGCUUAUCACAGAUUACCACGAGAAAGGAUCGUUGUUUGAUUUUUUAAAUCGUACAACAGUUGAUGUUAAUGGAAUGAUGAGAAUGGCCCUCUCUAUGGCAACUGGUCUUGCUCAUCUUCACAUGGAGAUCGUUGGUACUCAGGGCAAACCAGCGAUCGCGCAUAGGGAUCUCAAAUCUAAAAAUAUUCUCGUUAAGACUAAUGGCACUUGUGCCAUUGGUGAUUUAGGUCUUGCUGUGAGACAUGAUGUUAUUACAGAUACUGUUGAUAUACAGCUGAAUAACAGAGUUGGCACUAAACGAUACAUGGCUCCUGAGGUUUUGGAGGAAGCAAUUAACAUGAAUCACUUUGAUUCAUUCAAAAGAGCAGACGUAUAUGCACUAGGCUUAAUUCUGUGGGAAAUUGCAAGGCGAUGUAACGUUGGUGGUAUUCACGAUGAUUAUCAGCUUCCGUUUUACGAUCUUGUGCCUUCGGAUCCCACGAUCGAGGAAAUGCGAAAAGUCGUCUGUACAGAUCGACAGAGGCCAUCGAUACCAAAUAGAUGGCAGUCUAUUGAGGCACUUCAAGUUAUGUCCAAAGUUAUGAAGGAAUGUUGGUAUCACAAUGCAGCAGCAAGACUCACAGCUCUCAGGAUUAAAAAAUCACUCGCCAACUAUGGGUCUAUGGCAGACCUCAAAUGAAACAUACAAACUAACGUAAUAAUUAAUACACGAGAAAGAAUCCAUGAUUGUCUAAUGACAAUCUUUCCUUAAUCUUCCGGUGUCAUCGAUUAAAUCAUCUCGAUGUUGAGAUUAUUGUUUCGAAUGAUGAAAUUGUGCGAAUGUAUGUGAUUGAUUACAAAUGCAAAAGUGGUGGGUUGAGUUUCCUGUUUUUUCAAUUCAUUAUUUUACAAUGAAAAUUUACUAUAUUUACUAUACUUGAUUUUUUUUAAUCUAAUUUUUUAUCACCUAAAAAUUAUUUUCGUACAUUAUACAUUGAGUUUGUUGAUGUGUAAAGGAAUUUUCACUUGGUAUCAAGAAACUCAUUGUCUUUUUACACAAUCACCGUUUGAUAUUGAAACGAGAGAAAUAAAAGAUUUUUUUUUUCAUAUUGAGGAUCGAAAGCAGCUCUAUUCGUUAUUGUAUCAAAUCUUUGCCACACUCUAUCCAAUUUCCUAGUCAGACUAAGAAACAAAGAGUUGCUGAUGAUAGCUUUUUUCCCCUUAGAGUAGGUAAAGUCGAAUGUGUUUGCUCAAAUAUCAGUUUUAAAUUGAGAAGGGAUGCCUGGUAAUUACCAAAUGAAUUGAAAUGAAUGAAUUUUUUUAACCCACAGUGGAUUGAAAACAAAACAACCACAACAAUCAGAUUGUCAUAAAUAUUCGCGAUGAUUGAAAAAAGGAUGAUUAAUAAUUCCUUUGAAUCACGAGAAGGCUGACGUUGAAGGGCGCUAUGUUACGUCAGACUGCAGAGAAAUGAGUAAAAAUUGGACAUGAAAGCUUGGUUGAAAAGAAAAAUUGAUAAAAUACUAUUUUCGGAGUUUUAUUUAUAAUGGUGUGAUUAUAAUGGUGAAGGUAAUCAAUUAGCUUUCUCAGUGUGAAAAUGUGGAUGAAUGGUGCGAUUGAAAAUGGUAAUAGUAAAUGAUAGCAGCUAUUUGACCGUCAACAAAACGAGACUGAUCAUAACUGGAAGAUUGAAGAAACUUUUCUUUGAUAAUUUUCAAACAGCUGAAGAUCGUAUUUUUAUAUUUUUCAUUGAACGAGGAGAAUCGUUUAUUUUUCCGUUAUUAAUUGUAUACUCACACCUGAUACAGGCCCAGCUGACUUAGGUUUUUAUUUAAAGAAGAAAAAGAAGAAGAAGAAGAAGAAGGAUAGAAUGAAAUGCAAAUAUAUCUCUUUUUACAAUCCAUGGGAUGUACUUCAUGGAUUGCAAUUCACUCAAAGACUGAAGAUAAUAUUCAUAGUAGAUAAACUUUUUCUUUUCUUAUCGAAUAAAUCAGACAAUUAACUCGCAAUUGUCUAAUUUUUCAUUGAGACAACAAACGAUAUAGUGUUUAGUACGAGUCAUUCAUUUUUGUGACCCUUGAAAAAAAAAGUAUAUGGGUAACCCAAUGAACAGUGACAAUUUUUUCACUACGCUACCAAUAAUCAAUAAAGCAAUAAACGUUUGUUCGCUCCACCCCAUACAUUCCCAUUACACGUAGGUUAAUUUUAUAUACGUAAUUGAAGAUCAUUAAUUUUCACUCGAAUAAUUCUGGUAUGAAAACCAAGUAACACACGAACCUCCUACAGUUAUACCACUAGUACAACAUUUGUGCCAAUAAAUGAAUCAAUCCAGACAGUGAAUAAAAGUGAUAAAAGACUUUUAAUGCAAAAUAUAUCAGUCCAAGAUAUUCUCUACCCAUUUUUGUUCAUUGAAAAAGUUGAAAAUGAGAAUAGGUAGUUUCUUUCGAGCUUCCUGCUCUGCAAUCUCCAGAAAUUAAUAUUAAUGGAUUAAAUAAUAAGUAUCAAUGGUCGUAAGCCAGCUGGGCCUAGAAUGAUCGAACAGUCUAACUCUAUAUCUGACGAACAGCCAAACUGCCAAUUAUCAAUUGUAGUUUCUUAACUUGUGAAUGUGCAAGAAAAAAAGCAAAGAACAAAAAAAAACAAUACCUUGCUCCGUUACAAUGACCCAACUGUACAAAAUGUAUACCGUUGCAUGUGUCAACGAUUGAUACUAAUAUAAGAAUAAUAUAAUUGAUGAUUAUUAUAAUAGUAUAUAAAAAUAAUGAAUUAAUUGCAAGUACCGAUAAGGCGAUUAUUCUGCGUCUAGUUGUUUUAUUAAGUCGCUUCGCAUUCGGGUUUAGUAGCUAAAAACACGGAUAAAUUAUCAAUCAACAUGUUCGUGAAUGAUUUAUUAUUAUUCAAAAUAAUGCCUUUAUAAGCGGUUUUUGUAGUGCGCGUCAGAGUAAGAAUUCUUUGUUUUAUUUUUAUUAUUAUUAUUAUUUUUUAUAGAUAUAUAUAAAUAUAUUAUAUUUUUAUGUGUUGUAUAUUAUACUCUUGCUCUUCCGUUGUGACGAUUCGAAACUUAUUGGAGAGAAUUUUUGGAAAGACAGUUUUUUCAAGGUACAUUGACAAUUUGGGGAAGAACAAAAAUUCCUCCAUUUUUCAAUUUCAACCUAUUAUACAAUUUUUUUCUUUUCAUGUCUGUUUAUAUUUGUUAUUAGGAAUAUUGACUUUAUUGAAUGAUGAAAACUUGUUUCGAAUCGUCUCACCGGUUAAAAAAAUGAAAGCACUGCAGUGGCAACUCUUCCGUAGUUAUUUGAAAUCCUUCUUCCUCCGACAAUUUGAGAUCGAGAUAGAGAAGUAUACAUUCCGUAGAAAUUCUCUCGAAGCUCAACGAUUGUUAUUGAGUUAUAAUAUUGGUAAUGGAAUUUUUUACAAUUCCAGUAAUAGGGAAAAAAAUGUUUAUUACCAAUCUGACUAACUAUCCACCUCAAAUGAUUUACCAGUCAAUAUCAUUUAAAGACUACUAUUAAUAUAUUAGCUGAAACUCUCCUCGUGUAUAAUACCCUGUAAAUAAUGGUGUAAAUGAUACUCUCGAAUUUAUCGCAAAUUCAACUAAAUGAGCACUUGUAAUUUUCAUAUGAAGAAUAUACGAGAAAAAGAAGGGGAGACAGCACAGAACAAAUGUGUGAAGGGUGGUAUUGUUUUUCUUAUCAUUUUAUUGUAAAGUUUUCGAGACAAAAAGAAAAAAAACAAAGAAUGAUGAAAGCUAUGAAUAACA